UUUCUUUGCUUUGACAUCUUGCUCGAAGAAUCUCUUAUCUUCUUUCCCAUCUUUCAUUCCCUUGAUCUCAUCUUAGUAUUCUCCUUCACCGUUUCACUCUCUCUUAAUUUCCACUCCCUUUCUUCCUUUUUUUCCAUUUCUGAUUUUCCUUUACACGAUCUUAUGUACAAAUAAUAAAAUUCUAAAUCACCAAGUAAAACUUGCCGAAAUUUUAACGAGGCUUUCAUUCAUAUACUUGUUGCGGUGAUCGGUCCUCGCGAUUGUGUUGACCUUUAGCGCAAGUUAGAGAGCUUCAUAUCUUCUCUUCCAGGUGUAAUUCCGAUACUUCAUAAUCACUCAUCGUAAUCGCCGGGAAAAAGAGCUAUUUUCCACUUGAGAAUGGGUUCUCUGCAAGGACCAGUUGUGUGUCCCUCUGUCCGUGCUAAACUAUCAGGGUUCUGCAGCUUUUCUAUGAUUGGGGCAAUGAACGUUAGGUGUGUUAGAAGUGAGUUUUGGGGACGCAAGACUAAGCCGAGUUUCCUUUCUUGCCAUAUGAACACGCGAAAGUACAAGACAGUGCAUUGUAGUUUCAAUUCAUUCUCGAAUGGCAGCGGAAGUACCGCGGAGAAUUUCGACGAAAAAGAUGAAGAUUAUGUUAACUCUAGUGUGGUUGAAGCUGUUGAGGUGAAGAGUGGAGUAGAUGGUUUCAUAAUCAAAAUGAGGGAUGGAAGACACUUGAGAUGCAUCCAUAACAAUCCUCAGGGAGGACAUCUUCCAGAUUAUGCACCACAUCCUGCUAUUGUAUUGAAGAUUGAAGAUGGGACUGGUCUGCUUCUCCCUAUAAUUGUUUUGGAGAUGCCAAGCGUCUUAUUAAUGGCAGCAGUACGCAAUGUUCCAAUGGCUAGACCUACUUUAUAUCAAGUAAUGAAGGAUAUGAUUGACAGGAUGGGUUACGAAGUCAGACUUGUCAGAGUUACUAGGAGAGUUCAUGAGGCGUAUUUUGCUCAGUUGUAUCUUACCAAGGUUGGAAAUGAGGCGGAAUGUAUGAGCUUUGAUCUUCGACCUUCAGAUGCUAUCAAUAUUGCAGUAAGAUGCAAGGUGCCAAUACAAGUCAACAAGUACUUGGCAUUCAGUGAUGGAAUGAGAGUAAUUGAAUCAGGCAAACUUUCAACACAGUUCCCUGGUUUGGAUGGCCGUUUAUUUACUGAAAUGGACCGGCCAAGUGGUCAGCCUUGUACUGAAACCGAGGAAUUCAAUCUUUUGCAUAACAUGCUAAAAGCUGUUGUUGAAGAGCGCUAUCAAGAUGCUGCUUUGUGGAGGGACAAACUUAAUCAACUUAGGGCUGGAAAAAACGUGAAUAACAGAUCCUGAGCGCUUUAAUUUUACAUACAAUCUUAUAUUAGAAUGUCAAUGAUGGGAUUCGGUACAGCAGAUAACAGUCAUGUCUCUCCCUUCCUCGGCCGAUAUAUAUAUAUAUAUAUAUGCUUACAUGGCCUGUGAAAAUUUGUAUAUAUUUCUAAACAUUAAUGCUAAUGCUUCAUGUGGAACUUUAUUACUUCUCUGGUACUUGUUUCAAUCCACAAAAGCUGUUAAUAUGUAAUGUGGUUUUAUCCAUGGGACGCAGCAUGUAGCUGAUGGUUGUUUUCACUAUUUUAUUAAAAUAUAUGGGAUGGUUGGAUA